AUGAGUAAAUAUCAAGAUUUUGUUGGUAUGUCUUGAUAUUUUCCCAUAGGUUAUGAGUAAAUAUCUUGAUGUGUUAUACAUGUCUUGAUAUUUACCCACUUUCACUUGAGUGAGAUCCCAAUAAAAUCUUGAUAUUUACAUAACCUAUACAUGACAGUACCCUAGUUUAUUAUUAGCAUGACAAAAUUACUGGAUGCUGAUUGGUUGAGAGGAGUACAAUUAUUUCAUUAAUUGUACUGCAGUACAAUUAAUGAUUUUCCCAAAACAAACAAAAUGGCGGAAAGGUAUUUUAAACACAAGCGUGAAAUGAAAUUGCCGUGGAGGAACUAGAUGAAAAUAUGAACAAAAGCAUCAAAUUUUGCUUGAACAAAAGAACUAAAUGAAAAUACAAACAAAAGCACCAAAUUUUGGUUGAAAGUCUGGCAGGACUGGGCUUUGGUGAGAGAAUAUGAUGUUGACAUUGAGAAGUACGUAUCCAAUUUUGUCAUGCUAAUAAUAAACAAGUAAUCAUGCGAUGUUGCUCGUACAAUUAGGGAUUAAUAGUACUUGUGAUGUUUGGAAAUUUGCCAAGUUGGACUUGCCCCGGCGGCUCGUCCAAUUUUGGCAAAAUUUCUUAAUCCCUAAUUGUACUUGCCAUCGCAUGAUUACCUAUACAUACAUACUAUUAAGGUACAACAAAUCAACAAAAUCCACUAGGCAUCUAUUACUAAAUAGUUUUGCACCACUGUAUGUGGCACUCUUCAGAUAAAUUGACCUAAAAGGUCUGGUUUUCCAUUGAGCACUUUGCCAAAAGUUUUUAUAACCAACAAAACCAAAUGAGCGUGCGCAAUGCGUAAGCGGCAUGGCUCAUCCUGUAGAGCGCUCAAUAUGACCUAAAGGCCGGUGCACACUAGAGCUAUGUGCAUAGCAAAAUGUCAUUCGUGACUGUUGGCAUAAGGAGAUAGCUCUUGUGUGCGGGCGAUUUACGAACGACUUUUGUCAUUCGUGCCACUUACGCCAAAUAUCUAACAUGUUUGAUAAUUUCUGCCUCGCGUGCCAAAAUCUUUCCGUGUGUGGCGAACGAAAGCUAUCUGCUUACGGAUUGUCGUAACAGCGCAUGCGUAGUAUACGAAAGUAAACAUCCAAGAUGGCGGCGCAAAAUGAAUUGCUGGCCGAGGCAAUUUUAGCAAUUUUAGAGGACAUUUUACUUUCGUAUACUACGCAUGCGCUGUUACGACAAUCCGUAAGCAGAUAGCUUUCGUUUGCCGCACACGGAAAGAUUUUGGCACGCGAGGCAGAAAUUAUCAAACAUGUUAGAUAUUUGGCGUAAGUGGCACGAAUGACAAAAUUCGUUCGUAAAUCGCCCGCACACGAGAGCUAUCUCCUUACGCCAACAGUCACGAAUGACAUUUUGCUAAGCACAUAGCUCUAGUGUGCGCCGGCCUUAAAGGCCAUAGAGCGAUAUCUAACUACAGACGGUACCAUUUCGGCCUAAUGGGCCUCAUCAGUGUAGUGCUGGGGCCGGUUGUAUAAAACUCUUAAUCACUUUUUUAAUCACUAUUUUGUAGUUAAAUACUGAUUAACUCUCAAAUACGCGCUUCUUAUUGGAUGACGUUUGCACUUAACUAUAGUUAACUUUAAUCACUUUUUUAUACAACCGGCCCCUGAUGAGCAGGAUGAAAGUAACUGCUAUUUACAGUUACCUUUGAUGCCUCACGAUUGUGGGACAUCAAAACCAUGCCAGAGCGCUCAAACUAUAUAUCAAUAUAUAUAUAUAUAUAUAUAUAUAUAUAUAUAUAUAUAUAUAUAUAUAUAUAUAUAUAUAUAUAUAUAUAUAUAUAUAUAUAUAUAUUUAUAAUAUAGUCAGUCACCGUAUAUGAGCUGUUCUGCAAUCUGAUUGGUUGAAUUACUCGCCGUAUAUCAGCUCAUAUACGGCGAGUAGCGAAAAACAAGAUGGCGGUCCAAAAACUACAUGAGUUUUGCGAAGCAGAAAAAGGAAAAUAUUCGCUUUGAGAAAGAUAAUAGUACAAGGAAAAACUCUCAAAAAAAUUUGACAGGUUAGCAAAAUACAUUUAUUACGUAGAAAUUAGUUUAAAUACAAGUUUUUUAAAGAAUUAAUACCGAAACAACAGCGAAAAAACAUGUUCAUUGAGAAUAUAAAUUGUUCAGAAAAGUUUGCAAUGAACGACAAAUGAAUUUGCAGUCAACAAGCACUUACUAUAGUACCAAACAUCUGUAUAAUAUAUCUGAGCUUUCCUGUGAGAUAUAUAGAGGUUCUAAAACCAUUUCUUUCACUUCGUCUUCGAGUUGUAAAACAAAAGAAUUUCAAAUUUUCAAGCGGUUUUUGGCCGAACAAAUUGUCAACACAUUGUAACAGUGAAUAAUUAAUUACUGCUUCAGUUAAUGGCUAUAUUAGACUAUAUUAUAAAACAAUUAUACCAUUCGCUCUCGUCGUAUAUGGCUGAUAGCCGACUCGGUGCUACGCACCUCGUCGGCUAUCAGCUCAUAUACGACUCGAGCUCAUGGUAUAAUUGUUAAUAUAUAUAUAUAUAUAUAUAUAUAUAUAUAUAUAUAUAUAUAUAUAUAUAUAUAUAUAUAUAUAUAUAUAUAUAUAUAUAUAUAUAUAUAUAUAUAUAUAUAUAUAUAUAUAUAUAUAUAUAUAUGAGUGGUUUGUAUUCUUCUUCAGACAUUAAAAUUUUAAUAAAAAGUUAAAAAUAUUAAAACCGUCCAAACGUUUCUCCGAUUAAGGCUUCUUCAGUGGACUAAUUGUUCGAUAUACCUGUCACUCUGUUUAUAUACCUAACCUGCUGAAAAGUUAUCGAUUAAACACAGCAGGCAGUGGCUACAAUUAGCGAUCGACACCCAAUAUCAUCAACUACGUGGAAUUCGCCGCUCUGUAUUCCCUUUAAAUUAAACCGGCAACAAAAUGAACAAAUACUACGCCUCGAGCACACUUUAAAGGACACCAAACAACGUAAACUUGAACAAUUAAUCUUUAGACAACACCCUUAUAGUAACACGACUACAGAAUUUAAACCUCAAGGAUUCAAGAAUAUAUAAUCAGAAACUGUAGACUCAGAACUUGAAAAGUUGCUUAACAAGGGACCAUCGUUUGUUAAUGCGGAACCUGCUGAACUCUCUAAACGUUGUUUAAUUUCAAGGGCUAGUUUGCAACUCGCGACAGACCGACUUGUUGAGGAUAACGUUCCAGACAGAGCCAUUAAUGAGUUAAAAGGAGGGAUUGCUCGCAUCAUCGAUGAUUGUGAAAAGUUCGGCAAGAAAAUACUAACUAAAAAGAAAUUACCAUUUAAACGACCUGCGAAAUCUGUUGUUAUCACAUCAUCCGACAAAACAAAGCGUCUAAUCGCAUUGGACUCCGAAAGCUAUGAUAACAUGGUUAGUAAAUCUACUAUAGACACAGGUAACUAUAAGCCUCUGAAAAGACUUAAUCUACCCAGAACAGAACAGAUAAAUUUUAACAAGGUCCUUAAUAAAGUUGCGAACAAAUAUAAAUCUAGUGACCCGAAGAUGUAUAAUAAUUUGAGGGCUAAUAUUUGCAGUGAACCCAUGCCAUGUCCAGUAUAUUGCUUACCCAAAGACCAUAAAGAGGGAGAUUUGAAAGGACGACCAAUACACGCUGCAACAGACACGCCCGCUACCCGAUUGUCUAGAUACUUAGCUAAGCA